UCCGAUAUCACAUCCCGUGCGAAGAAACGUGACAACGUCGCCGUAUAAUCUAGUAAAAGAUUCACCGUGAACUGGGCGUGUUGGUUUUCACAAAUAAUCGAACAUUUAUGUGUAUUUUUAUGAUAAUGUGUUAGUUUAAUUAUUAAAAGAGUGAACUUGAACAUUCUUCAACAUGUCCUUAUCACUGCGGAUCAAUCUCAUCGAAGGAAAUGUCACAAAAACCAUCGUUUUCGAUUCUUCCACAACGGUUUACGAUGCCUGCAGGAUCAUCAGGGAAAAAUGUACAGAAGCAAACAUGGGACAACCGAAAGACUACGGCCUAUUCCUCACCGAUGAAGACAGCAAAACUGGAGUAUGGUUAGAGCCAGCCCGUCAACUGGAAUACUACCUACUGAGAAAUGGAGAUCUCUUGGAAUACAGGAAAAAAUUGAGGACCUUGAGGGUCAAAAUGUUGGACGAAUCCGUGAAAACGAUGCUGGUGGACGACUCCCAGAUCGUGGCCAACCUGAUGGUGGUCAUCUGCACGAAACUUGGCAUCACGAACCACGACGAAUACUCCCUGGUCCUGCAGGAACUCCCCGACAACCAGGAGAACCUGGAUAAUCGAAACUACGGCACGCUGACCCUCAAAAGGAAGAAGGAGGAGAAGAUCGAAAGGGACGCCAAGAUGGAACAGCUGAGGAAGAAGCUGCACACCGACGACGAGGUGCCGUGGCUGGAUCCGGCUAAAACACUGAGGGAACAAGGGAUAGACGAGAACGAGACCGUUAUACUGAGGAGGAAAUUCUUCUUUUCCGAUCAGAACAUCGACUCGCAUGAUCCGGUGCAGCUGAACCUGCUCUACGUCCAAGCCAGGGACGCCAUUUUGAACGGAACCCAUCCGAUUACGGAGUCCAAGGCCUGCGAGUUUGCCGGGAUACAGUGCCAGAUCCAGUUUGGGGAUUUCGUCGAGAACAAGCAUAAGCCAGGUUUUCUAGAACCGAAAGAAUUCCUACCCCAGUCCUACGUCAAAGUCAAGGGGAUAGAAAAGAAGAUCUUCGCCGAGCACAAGAAGCACCAAGGGUUGGACGAGCUGGAAGCGAAGGUGCUGUACACGAAAAACGCUAGAGCGUUGAAAACAUACGGUGUCACCUUCUUCCUGGUCAAGGAGAAGAUGAAGGGGAAGAAUAAGUUGGUACCCAGGUUGUUAGGGGUGACCAAAGACUCAGUGUUGAGGCUGGAUGAGAAGACCAAGGAAAUACUGCAGACUUGGCCGUUGACCACGGUCAGACGUUGGGGUGCUAGUCCGAACACUUUCACCUUAGAUUUCGGGGAUUAUUCCGAUCAAUACUACUCGGUACAAACCACUGAAGGUGAACAAAUCCAGCAAAUUAUCUCCGGGUACAUCGAUAUCAUCUUGAAGAAGAAACAAGCUAAGGAUCACUUUGGAAUUGAAGGAGACGAAGGGUCUACGAUGUUCGAGGAGAGUGUGGCACCACAUAAAGCUACUAUAGUACAGAACGAAACGACGAAAGUGGGUAAAAUCAACAUGGAAUCUCUGGCAAAACCUGCGAUCAUCAGGGCUGGAACCAACGGGGAGAAAACUUUUGUUACUGGGGUUAUGAGUAGUCCGCAAAUACCGACAGUUGGGGGACAGGUGAAUUUGGGACACGCCCCAUCAACGGCCCAACAAACGAAGGUAACGUCGGUCUUAACGGAACCGCAAAGAGCGCUGGUGUCCACCAUAACGCAAACCCAGACGAGAAUCAAAGAGUCAGAGUAUGAGCUAGAAACCAGGGCCCAAAUACCGGAACUCGGCACCGACGCCUCGUCCAUGAAAUGGAAACAGGUGACCUUGGACACCAGGAAACAAAACGUGGGUUCGUCGAUCGCGGCCAUGAACGCUGCAACGGCACAAGUGGUCACUCUGACUGGGGGUACUCAGGACGAGGUAGACCAUACGGCUGUGGGGGCGGCGAUAACUACCAUCGGUAGCAACUUGCCUGAAGUUACCAAGGAUGUUAAGAUGAUCGCGGCGCUUAUGGAGGAUAGGAAUAUGGGGGAAAAACUGUUGGACGCUACCAGGAAGAUGUGCUUCGCUUUCAGCGAUUUGUUGAAAGCUGCCGAACCCGAAUCCAAAGAGACGAGGCAGUCUCUUCUCAACGCCGCAACCAGGGUCGGCGAAGCCAGCACUCAAGUUUUGGCGACAAUCGGCGAAGACACAAUCGAAAACAAAGAACUCCAAGACAUGCUUUUAUCACUGGCCAAAGCGGUGGCUAACACCACGGCCGCCCUAGUCCUCAAAGCCAAGAACAUAGCUUCGACCUGCGAAGAUCAACAGACUCAAAACAGAGUCAUCGGCGCCGCUACCCAAUGCGCCCUUGCAACCUCCCAACUAGUAGCUUGCGCCAAGGUCGUAGCGCCCACCCUUACAUCGACGGCGUGCCAAGAACAACUCACGAUGGCGGUGAGGGAAGUAGCGAAGGCCGUCGAGAAUCUGGUGGCGGUCUGCAACGAGACCUCAAGGGACGAAGAGUUGAACGGUCAACUGAGACUGGCGGCUUCGGAAGUAUCCAGGACCCUGAACGACCUGCUGAACCACAUCAAACUUGCCUCUAGGGAACGAGCGAGGGAGAGCGUGCAAGAGUACAGCGUGGAGGAAAUAUACACCGCCACCGAUAAAUUGACGGCUGCUUCCGGGGAUCCCAACGAGAUGGUCAGACAGGCCAGACGUCUGGGACAGGCCACAGCCCAGCUGAUACAGAGCAUCAAGGGAGAAGCCGAGAGGCUGCCCGAUUCCGACAUUCAAAGGCGUCUUUUGGCGGCUGCGAAAACGUUGGCUGACGCCACAGCAAAGAUGGUGGAAGCUGCCAGACAAUGCGCGAAUUAUCCCCAGGAUAUGGCCUACCAAGACGCGCUGAGACGUACGGCUGAGGAGUUGAGGGACGUGACCAUCGUGGCCGCUACCACGCCCGCUUUGAGGGCUAAGAUGGUCGAGACGGUUCAGGUGUGCGCUAGGAAGGCGGUGUCCUCGGCCACGCAGUGCAUAACGGCCGCUCAGUCCAGCAAUCAGUAUAAUUCCAAUUCGGCGACUAGGGAAACUUUGAUCAGCGAUACCCAAGAAUUGGCCGAGCAUAUACCGCCGUUGGUUGAUUCCAUUAAGGCCAACGCUUCCAGUCCUCAAGACGCCUUCAACCAGAGUGAGCUCAUGUACGUCGCUGAAGUUUUCGUACACCCUGCAGUGCGGUUCGUGCAAUCCUCCCGUUCAGUUCUACCAACUCUAUCAGAUCAGGCGAUCACGGAAAGACUCUCGAUCACCAGUCAACAAUUCAAUUCCGACCUGAGCGAACUGAGGGACGCUCUAACCCGGGCCAAACCCGCCUGCCAGGGUCUAGGCUUCCAGGCGGCCUCCCAACUCAUCGAUAGCCUCCAGGAGGAGCUCAAGGAAUUCGAGAGGGCGGUGCAGAUGCACUCGUUGAGACCCCUGCCGGGCGACAGCUCCGAGAAAGGCGCCCAACUGAUGUCCGCCAGCAGCAAGGCCGUCAAUCAGGGCGUAGCCCAGCUGAUGAGCGCCGCGGCUCAAGGGAACGAACCUUACACCGCCCAGGCCGCCAGAGAUACCGCGGAGAGCUUGAGGGCUUUGACCAGCUCGGUUAGAACCGUGGCUGCGACGUCCAACAACGUUGACGUGCAGAAGAAGUUGAUCGGUUCGAACAAGGAAGUCCUGAGCCAUUCGGCGAGGUUGAUCGAGGAGGCUCAGAGGAGUUUGAACACUGUGGGGAUCACUAAUGGUCUACAAAACGCUGCUCGAGACAUUGCUGACUCUUUAAAUAGAACUGUCGGCUGUCUACCCGGUCAGAAAGACGUUGAUAACGCCAUAACUAACAUAAUCGAAUGGACUUCUAUAAUAAGUCUGAACAAUCUUCCGCCAACAUCUAAAAGUUACGGGGAGCUUCAACAAGAGCUCAAUACGGCCGCCGCGAAUCUGAACGAAGCCAGUUCGAGCGUGGUCGUGUCGGUCAGAAGCCCGACUCAACUGGCCUCGAGCUCUAAAGACUUCUCCGCCGCCUUCCACGACCUGCUGAAUGUCUCGCUUGAGAUGGCCGGUCAGACCACGGACGUGGAGGUUAAAGGGCAGAUGGUGCACUCUCUGAAGAGCGUAUCGACGAGUUCCAGCACGUUGUUGACCACUGCCAAAUCGCUGUCGGCCGAUCCGAAUCUGCCGAACGGGAAGAAUCAAUUGGCGGCGGCAGCGAGGGCUGUGACCGACAGCAUCAACUUCUUGGUGAACGUUUGCACGUCGGCCGCACCGGGACAGAACGAAUGCGAUAACGCCAUUAGGAAGAUUCAGGCGACUAGACAUUUGUUGCAGAAUCCGGCAGAGCCGGUUAGCGAUUUUUCGUAUUACGAAUCGCUGGAUAGCGUUAUAGAGAAGAGUAAAGUGUUGGGUGAUGCGAUGACCGGUAUAACUAGUAGUGCCAAAAUGUCGGAACACGAAAAGUUUUGCGACAAUAUAAAGAUUUUCAGCGGUGCCAUAUGUAACCUUAUCGAAGCUUCAGCUCAAAGUGCCUAUUUGAUCGCCAUAUCUGAUCCCACGAGCAUAGCCGGACGUCCGGGUCUGGUGGACCAAGCCCAAUUCGCCAGAGCUUCCCAGGCCAUCCAUCAAGGAUGCGCCGCCCUUGCUUCGCCCUCCAGUCCGCAGAAGCAGGUGUUGGACGCGGCAACCCUGAUCGCGAAACACACGAGCGCCCUCUGCAACUCGUGCAGGGUUGCCAGCGCCAAGACGUCGAACCCCGUGGCGAAACGUCAGUUCGUUCAGAGCGCCAAGGCCGUCGCCAAUUCUACCUCGGCGCUGGUGAAGCAGAUCAAAGCGCUGGAUCUCAGCUAUUCGGAGGAGAACAGGAGGAAUUGCGCCGAAGCCACUGGACCACUUUUAGACGCGGUGAACAGCUUGUGCGUCUACGCCAGUUCCAGCGAAUUUGCCAGUAUCCCUGCGAAGAUUUCGCAUCAGGCCCGCGUUUCCCAGCAGCCGAUCUUGGAACCGGCCAAUAGACUCAUCGACAGUUCCAGUUCGGUGAUCAACACCGCCAAGAACCUCAUAGUGAUGCCGAAAGACCCGUCGACUUGGCAACAGUUCGCCAGUACCUCCAAGCAGGUUUCGGACUCCAUGAAACUACUCGUUACUAACAUUCGCAACAACGCGCCAGGAAGGAACGAAUGCGAAACCGCCGCAAACAUGCUCAACAACCACCUGAGAAGCAUAGACGCCGCGUGCAUGGACGCCGUUUCGCAAUCUUUGGCGCCGAGGCGGGGAGCGACGUUGCCGGUUUACAGUCAGCAGGUGGAACGCGCUGCCGCCGGUCUGUACGACACCAUCGAGCCCCUGAGACACGCCGCCAAAUCCGAGGCCGAGAAUAUCGGACACGCCGUCAAUCAAAUGGUGCAAUAUUUCGAACCCCUCGUUCAGGGGACGAUUGGGGCUGCUUCUAACUUGAACAACUCGAAGCAGCAGGAACAGAUUCUGGAUCAGGUGAAGUCGGUCACCGAGUCGGCGCUUCAGCUGAUCUAUUCGACCAAAGACGGUGGUGGUAACCCUAAAGCCACAAACAUCCAUCCGGACAUCGAGGAAUUCGCCAACUGCACCAAGGAAGCCCUGCAAGAACUGAUGGGCAGCAUAGAGGCCAUCUCCACCCAGAGCGGCAUAGUAUCAGGCGUCGUGGAGAACCUCACUAGGGCCAUGACGCGUCUUUCCGACCACAGGGCCUCUUUGAUCAUCUCCGACGACGACAGCUACGUCGACUAUCAGACCCGCAUGGUGGAGUGCGCCAAGGACAUCGCGAAGAUAGCCGGGGAAAUGGCUUCUAAAGCGUCCACCGACACCCAGAAUUUGGCUCCGCUUUCCGCGGAUUUGUCGCACAAGUACACGCAAUUGGCCAACGACAGUAUAGGCGCAGCAGCAGCCGCCACCAACGGUGAGGUCGGUUUACGUCUGAAAGAAGUGGUUCAACAGCUCGGCGGUGCUUGCGUUGAUCUGGUACAAGCGGGUGGUCACUGCCUCAUCCAGAAAGACGACAUAGUUCUGAGGGAACUGGGCGAUUACUCCAGGAACGUCACGGAGAAGGUGGCCAGGGUCCUCGCCACCCUCCAGUCCGGGUCCAGGGGUACCCAGGCUUGCAUCAACGCCGCCUCCACGGUGUCCGGCAUCAUCGGCGACUUAGAGACGACGAUCAUGUUCGCGACGGCCGGCAAUCUGAACCCCGAGAACGAGCACGAGAGUUUCGCCGAUCACAGGGAGAACAUCCUGAAGACGGCCAAGGCGUUGGUCGAGGAUACCAAGACCCUGGUGGCUGGCGCGGCUUCCACGCAGGAGCAGUUGGCGGUCGCCGCCCAGAAUUCGGUGUCCACCAUCGUGCAAUUGGCCGAGGUCGUAAAGUUCGGCGCCUCCAGUCUGGGCUCCGACAAUCCCGACUCGCAGGUGAUGCUGAUCAACGCCGUCAAAGACGUGGCCAGCGCCCUUGGAGACCUCAUCCACGCCACCAAAGCGGCGAGCGGCAAACCCAUCAACGAUCCCGCGAUGGCCCAUCUGAAGGAAAGCGCUAAGGUGAUGGUAACUAACGUGACUUCGUUACUGAAAACAGUUAAAGCAGUUGAGGAUGAACACACUCGAGGUACAAGAGCCUUAGAGUCGACUGUUGAAGUUAUCGGGCAAGAGAUGAGAGCCUUAUACUCCACCGACGGUUUCAAGAAGGAGGUGACUGCGGAGGAUAUCAUAAAGAGUACGAAGGCCAUAACUAAGGCUACAGCUAAAGCUGUUUCCGCCGGAAUUAGCAACAGACAAGACGACAUAAUAGCCGUGGCCAAUCUGGCCAGAAAAUCUAUAUCUGACAUGCUGAUUAUUUGCAAGAGCGCUGCGCAUUUCUUAGCCGAAUCGGCGGAACUCAAGGAUAGGACGCUGAAUGCCGGUAACGAUUGUGCGCAACAGUUCCGGGAGCUUCUUCUGGCAAUUCUUCAAGGUAACAGCGCAGAUGCGAAACACGUGCUACCGCCGAUAUCCAGAAAAAUAGCGCAGUGCGUCACGGAGCUCGUCAGUGUAGCAGAACUACUCAAAGGUUCAGACUGGGUAGACCCCGAUGAUCCGACGGUGAUAGCAGAAAACGAGCUGCUCGGAGCUGCGGCCUCCAUUGAUGCCGCUGCCAAAAAGCUCGCCAACUUGAGACCCAGAAAAGCUAUACCGACUCAGGACCUGGACGAAUCUCUCAACUUCGACGAAAUGAUUUUGGAGGCUGCCAAAUCCAUAGCCGCUGCCACUUCUGCCCUGGUGAAGGCGGCGAGCGCUGCCCAAAGGGAACUCAUCGAUAGCGGAAAAAUGUCGAGAACGCCUGUGUCAUCGUCCGACGAUGGGCAGUGGUCUGAGGGCCUGAUCUCUGCUGCCAGAUUGGUUGCGGCCGCUACCCACAGUCUGGUGGAAAGUGCCAACGCGCUUGUUAAAGGACUCGGAAGUGAAGAUAAGCUGAUCUCUUCGGCGAAACAAGUGGCCAGUUCUACCGCCCAACUCCUAGUAGCCUGCAAGGUGAAGGCCGAGGGCGACACGGAAGCGACGCGUAGACUCCAGCAGGCCGGCACUGCCGUCAUCCGAUCCACCGACAAUCUGGUGAGGGCCGCGCAGAGGGCCAAGAGCGUGGAGGAGGAGAGAAGCCUCGUCCUGAACAAGAGGAUGGUGGGCGGCAUCGCGCAGGAGAUAGACGCCAGGAGCGAGGUGUUCAGGAUCGAGAAGGAGCUCGAGGAGGCCAGGAACAAGCUGACCGCCAUCCGACAGGCCAAGUACAAGCUGAAGGCCUUCGACACGUCCGGCGAGGACACCGACGGCUACGUCAGUUCCGCGCAAGAGGGAGAGACGUCGCGAUUGUACCAAACCGACGCCCUCCACAACAACUACAAGUACAAUCAAACGCCCUACGCGAAUAGCUACAGUCACUUAGAGAGCCCGGAAAAAGUCAAUUCCUUGGAACGCAACAAGAAAAAUAACAGACUGCUCCAGUCGCACAUAAGCGAGCUGGACAACGCGGUUUACGGAAACGACGUUUACGGUCAAAACGCCUACGACGAUCAGAAGUACAGCUCGUACGCCAACCAGUCGCAAAACUACCCCACAUCUACGACUUACGGUAGGACUUACGGCGAACCCCUGUACAGUUCCAACACUUAUUCCUCCUACAACCACCCUACUUCGCCGAGUUACAGUACCGGUUACGUACCGGCCGCCAAACCGUUCGAAAGUGCCAUAUAUAGUUCGGUCAAUAAAUCCCCAGCGCCUCCCGUCAGUCCUGGACACAACCUGAACUCCCCCAAGUUGUUCAGCAACCAACCUCCAAGAUUCGAUUAUACCAGUAGUCCGUCGCCCAGUUACGACCAGAAAUAUCGCACCUUCGACCUGAAACCCCAGUCUUCGACGGACGGUUACUCCAGUUCCGAAUACAGCGCCAACACCUACAAAACUCCCACCGGUUACAAAUCCGAAUCAUACAAAUACGAAACAUACAAAACGGCCGACCCGAUCUAUCAGACCAUCGAGGAAAAAUACUACACUAGCACGCCGAACAAAGAUAAGUCGACCUUUGAAAGCGUAAAGAAUGGCGUGGACACCCAGUACCAGUCCUCCUUCUCCACAAACGUCGAAUUCAUAAACGAACCGCCUGUCUUGAAGGACAGCGACACUCUCGAACAGAAAAUGUUGAAGAAAUCCGUUACCCAGCAGGUUGUCGAGAAGAAAACUGUGUCCACCAUGAGGACUAGUAAACAAGAGAGUUCGACGAAAAUUUUCGGUUUCAAGUAGGGCAAAAUCCUGGAUUUAACAAGAUAAUAGUUAUUCAUGUACCAAAAAACUGUCGGUUAAAGCCGAGCAUGCAGGCUAGAAAUAGACAGUUUUUUGCCUAUGUGCAUAUUACAUUUUUUCGUCGACCUCACAUACCAUGAAAGUAAGUACUCACCUGUUUGCUGACCUCGUCUAGGUCGCCGUAAAUGCCAAUUCCCUCAGCUCUGGAAGAGCUAUCGCUUUCCACCCUUCAUUAUUAUAAACACUAAUAUUUAAACAACAUUUUUAAUUCAUAAAAUUGAGUUGACAACAAUUAUUAUCACAGACAGUCAUGUUAUUAUUAAUUAACGAAUAUGACUCACUCACCUACCUAUAUAAUAUUGACGACAGCGGAUGAAAAGUGUAUGCGGACAAAAAAUACUUACCUUCUUGAGGUCGAUGAAAUAAUUUGUUUUGAAAAAAAUUAGAGGAAGAAUUAACGGAUAUUUUUAGAGCUUUCUAUCGUAAAUUCUGCUUGAGACUGGCUUGAUAUCAAUCAGUAUACUUGCCGUAAUAUCACUUUCGAAAAAUUUAAUCUAGUUGCUUCCAUAAAGUGACCUUAAUUUGUAUAUGGUGCUAGAAUUUGAAAUGAAUUGGAUGAGUUCAUAGAGAAUGUAAAUACUUGUAUAAAACGCCUGUUUUCCUUGUUGAAUUGUACUUUUUAUAUACAGAAUCCGUCAAUGAGAGCUUUGCUAGUACAGCUUUAUUUUUUUACAUUAUCCACGAUAUGCCUAUAGAGGUGUUAUUUCAAUUUUUGUGCCAAUUCAUUUGAUGAUAGCUUCUCGAAUCUUUUAUCUCUAUUGUAUAAACUUAUACUUUAUUUAUAUUAUAUAGUACUUAUAUAAUGAUAUCGUUUAACUGAUGUGAUUUUUUAAUCUAUAUUGUUAUUAUUGAAUUCUCAAAAUUUCACGAGUGCCUAUUAGAUCUACACGAAUCAAAAUUUAAUCGUAAAAUUUCGUAUGUUUUUUUACAUACACAAAAGUGCUUUGGAAUCGUUAUUCUGUACUUUUUUCGCAUUUAUCCUAAAUGGAGGAGCUAAAAGUGCUUCAGUAUGGAUAUUUGGAAUGUUUCACUCAUAUCUAUGAAUUAUUUUUCAUUAUUAUGUAAUUUUUAAUAUGUACAAUAAAAAUAUACUAAUUGUA